UAAGGGGUAUGAUAUCUGUAGUUGCCUAGCAUUGCAGCCUUGUUUUGGUAUUUUUUUUUAAUCAAACAGGCAAUAUUUUUUCUUUUUAAAUGCUCUGAGUGAAGAGGCUAACUGACUACUCACAGUGUCAAGGCUGUAUUAUGGCCUGAACAUUGAACAUACAAGGACGCUCACUGGGACUUUACAGCUGUCGACUGCUUUCCAUAACCAGCAGAGCAAUCACAGGAGCCUUUGUAGUACCGGAAGUGAACGUGAGGUCGUCAUGGGGAGCAAAGUCAGCUCCAAAAUGGCAGCUCCAGCCGCUCGAGUUAUCCAGGCUGUCCGGCCUCACUCUCCUCUGAUCAAGUUUCCCAACAGACAUGACUUUCCAAAGCCUAAUGCACAAGAGGCUUUGAAAUUAAUAGCUGUAAACCUCGCACCACACAACGCUCAAGCCUCCCCUCCAGCUGCAGCUCCCCCUCAGCCUCAGAUAUCCAGACCUCAUGUACCUAUGACCCCGAUCCCUGGCACGCCGGACACCCUGGCUUCUAUUCAGCUUCUCACGGCGAGGUACCGCAGGAGACCGCUGACAGUGGACGAAAUGGAAUACAUCCAGCGUGGUGGACCAGAGUAACGCCAUACGACUGAAUCACUGCAACCAAAGUCCUUAUCAGUUGGAGAUCAGUAUGUGUCUUUCAUUCUGUUCCUCAACACAGAGAACCUAAUGCCACAUGAGAGAUGAUGUAGAAUAAACUAUUGCAUAAAUCCUG